CAUUUCGAUUUUCCUCUCUUUCAACUCAAAACAAAACAUUCCCUCACUCACUCCUCUUUUCGCUCUCAACUGUUUCCGUCCAAAUUCUACCUCGCGCCUUCUUCUUCCUUCUCCGCACUCUCACACUGAUCGGUUUCAAUGGCUUCGCCGGCGUGGUUGCCGCAGGAGGCGAAGCCACCUGUGUCCGGAGAAACGUCUCUUCCUAUGGCUUCUCCUACCCCUAAUUCCGCUCAUGCAACUCCUUCUACCGCUCCGGCACCGGCUUCGGCACCUCCAUUUCCUCACGGCGUUCUUCAGAAUGCUAAUGCUUCGGGAAGCUCGCAGCAGUCAUCGACACAUAAUGUGAUAAAAUCCAAUUCAACAGUAAACCCUGUAGUUUUUCAACCUCCAGUUCCUGGUGUGUCGUCGCAUGCUGCUCUUUCGUUUUCAUAUAAUGUCCCCCAGAGUGGUGCUGCUUUUUCUAGCACCCAGCAGCAUACUCAAUCUAGUGGUAAAAUCUCCGAAUCUGUUGCACAGGAUGUUACUAAAUUAUCAUCUACGUCAAGUAAUCCACAUUCUGUCCCUGCUCAUACUUCUACAUCGAUAAUGCCUCCCUCUGAUCCUAAUUAUCGUCCAACUACUUCGUGGAUGCCCACUGCCAUGUCUUUUCCUUUGCAUCCUGUAAUGCCUACUCCAGGAAAUCCUGGCCCUCCUGGAUUAACAUCAACUUCUAUAAUAUCCAUCAAUCCUGCUGUUCCAUCUACAGGAACAGAUUCUUCCUCAGCGGCAUUACCGAGACCAAACAUGCCAAUUUCAGCCAUUGCAUCGGAUCCUACUACCCCUCUAAAAGGUUUACCCUAUCCAUCCAUGCCUUCAAUGGCUGCUCCCCCUCAGGGACUUUGGUUACAGGCCCCACAGAUGAGUGGUGUCUUUAGGCCCCCAUAUUUACAAUACCCUGCUCCUUUUCCUGGCCCCUUUCCAUUUCCAGCACGUGGUGUUACUCUCCCUGCUGUUCCAAUACCUGAUUCUCAACCUCCUGGUGUUACACCUGUGAGUGGUGGCGGUGGCACUUCUACACCUGCUUCCAGCAAUCAUAUAAGGGGAACAACUGCUUUGCAAACAGAAGUUAUUUCAGGGCCAGCUGAUGAUAAAAAGAAAUUAAAUGCUGUUGUCACCCAGAAUGAGGAUGCUGCUAAUAAUGAUCAAUUAGAGGCCUGGACUGCCCACAAGACUGAAGCAGGAAUUAUAUACUAUUAUAAUGCCUUGACUGGAGAAUCAACAUAUGAUAAACCUGCUGGAUUUAUGGGGGAGCCUCACCAAGUUUCUGCUCAGCCCACUCCAGUUUCAAUGAUGGAUUUGCCUGGUACUGAUUGGCUGUUGGUCUCUACCAGUGAUGGAAAAAAAUAUUACUACAACAAUCGAACCAAGACUAGCUGCUGGCAAAUUCCAAACGAGGUGGCUGAAUUGAAGAAGAAACAAGAUGGUGAUGUUACAAAAGAUCAGUUAAUGUCAGUUCCAAAUACUAAUGUCUUGUCUGAUAGAGGGUCUGGAAUGGUUACUCUGAAUGCUCCUGCUAUUAAUACUGGUGGUCGUGAUGCUGCAGCUCUUAAACCCUCCAAUCUACAGAGCCCAUCAUCGGCUUUGGAUUUGAUCAAGAAGAAAUUGCAGGAUUCAGGAACACCUGUUACUUCCUCUUCUAUUCCUGCGCCAUCAGUACAAACAGGAUCUGAAUCAAAUGGUUCAAAAGCAGUUGAAUCUACCUCUAAGGGCAUGCAAGCAGAUAAUAGCAAAGAUAAACAAAAAGAUACUAAUGGUGCUGCUAAUGUUUCUGAUACAUCUUCAGAUUCUGAAGAUGAAGACAGUGGGCCUUCAAAGGAGGAGUGCAUCAUUCAAUUCAAGGAGAUGCUCAAGGAGCGAGGAGUGGCACCAUUCUCAAAAUGGGAGAAAGAAUUGCCAAAGAUAGUAUUUGAUCCACGUUUUAAGGCCAUUCCAAGUUAUUCUGCAAGGAGAUCCUUGUUUGAGCAUUAUGUUAAAACUCGUGCUGAAGAAGAACGCAAAGAAAAGCGUGCUGCACAGAAGGCUGCAAUUGAAGGAUUUAAACAAUUACUGGAUGAAGCCUCAGAGGAUAUUAACUACAAUACUGAUUAUCAAACUUUUCGGAAGAAAUGGGGAAAUGAUCCACGGUUUGAGGCAUUGGACCGCAAGGAACAAGAGCAUUUAUUGAAUGAAAGAGUGCUUCCUUUGAAGAAAGCUGCUGAAGAAAAGACACAAGCAAUGCGUGCAGCUGCUGCAGCCAGUUUUAAGUCAAUGCUUAAAGAGCGAGGAGAUAUAUCUUUCAGCUCACGUUGGUCCAGGGUUAAAGAAAGUUUAAGGGAUGACCCAAGAUAUAAAUCUGUGAGGCAUGAGGAUAGGGAAGGUUUGUUCAAUGAGUAUUUAUCUGAACUGAAAGCUGCAGAACAUGCGGCAGAAAGAGAGACCAAAGCUAAAAGGGAGGAGCAGGACAAGCUUAGGGAAAGAGAACGAGAGCUGCGCAAAAGGAAGGAAAGAGAAGAACAGGAAAUGGAGAGGGUGCGACUAAAAAUUCGAAGAAAGGAGGCAGUUACUUCUUUUCAAGCUUUACUGGUGGAGACAAUCAAAGAUCCUCUGGCAUCAUGGACGGAAUCGAAACCUAAAUUAGAAAAGGAUCCUCAAGGACGCGCAACUAAUCCUGAACUUGAUUCUUCUGAUACGGAAAAGUUGUUUCGGGAACACGUGAAGAUGCUUCAGGAGCGAUGUGCUCACGAGUUUAGAGUUCUCUUAGCUGAAGUAUUGACCUCUGAUGCUGCAUCUCAUGAAAAUGACGAUGGAAAAACAGUGCUAAAUUCUUGGUCCACAGCUAAGCGAGUUCUAAAAUCUGAUCCAAGAUAUAACAAAGUUCCAAGAAAAGAAAGAGAAGCAUUGUGGCGGCGGUAUGCAGAAGAUAUGGUGCGGCGUCAAAAGGCAUCUCAUUCUCAUGAUUCCAGGGAAGAUAAACAUACUGAUGCUAAAGGUAGAAAUUCUCUAGAAUCUUCCAAAUAUCCAUUGGAAUCUGGGAGAUCGCACGACCGAAGAUAAUUCUUUCUGUAACUCCUCUCUUCUUACUCUUAUCAAUUCUCCCUUUAGUUUGAUGUUAGAGCAGAAUUAUAUAUUGCAUUGAAUCAAGUUCGCAAUACUGUCUACUCUAUCAACAUUAUUGAGAGCAGUGCCCCCAUAUCUUUUCUCAAUCUUCAAA